AUGGAGUCUCCUCCGUUCGCAAAGGUUAAGCUACCCACGAUAGAACCCUUUGUCGGAACUACCGAUCCAGACAAUCACCUAUCGGCAUACAAGCAUCAAAUGUAUGUUCAGGCAGUCGAUGAUGCUACUUGGUGUAAGAAUUUUCCAGCUACUUUGAAAGGUGUAGUGCAAAAUUGGUUCAAUAAUAUUUCUCCUAACUCAGUAAAUAAUUUCACGAAGCUUAGUAUUCUGUUCACUAGCCAUUUUGUAUCAAAUCGGCAGGAGCAUAAAACUAGCAUGCAUUUAGGGAAGGUUAUCCAAGGACCAAACGAGGCUUUAAGAAGUUUUGUUAAGAGAUUUAAUCUAGAGGCAUUGCAGAUUCAUAAUCUGAAUGCAGGAGUGGCCUUCAACGCCAUUAUCAGGGGUUUGAGGCCAGGAAGUUUCAAGUUUGAUCUGGUAAAGAAAAAUAUCACCACUCUAGCUAAAGCCCUCAGGAAGGCUGAAGCAUUCAUCAACGCAACAGAGGUAUGUGCGAAGGCAAAACAUCCAGAAGUAGAAAAGACUGAAGAAGUAGUUCAGCCAAAGAAGAACAAUCCCAAAAAAGCUGAAACUUGGGUGUUGACUUCUAUGACGACCUCAUCCAAAAGAAGUACAGAAGUGAACCAACAACAUCGACGGAACCUAUAG